GUGACCGACGCACGGUCGGUGCCACGGUGUGGUCUGGCUGAGUGCCGACGACCGUUUCCUGCUACAUCCUACAACUUGCAUAACGCGUCGUCCAUCCACGCCGCGCUUAAGCGAGCAAGCGCUAGCGGAGACAACGCUUCACACAUGCACACUAAGCCUCAUUGACAGGACACUGGUGGUCCAGCGUGGUAGAUCCGGAUCCCGGCCUUAUUUGCAGAUUGGUGUCCUCUUUGACAUUUGGAGCAAAAGGAUGUGUCCAGGCACCUUGAUGUCACCGAUCCCGCGUUGUGCAACUAACCUGACUUCAGUUGGGAUUGUCUGCUUGUGGAUGACCUGCCUGGAUGAUCUGCACUGCAGUGUGGUCUGAUUGCGCUGUACUGUUCCCCGUCAUUAUAUUUAUAGCUGCACUUUGCACAGUACUUUCAUCAUCUUCAUCAAAAAGUUGGUCAAGGGUAGUUCUCUUGAGGUCCAGCCACGAUUCACAGACAUCAUGACCGUCACAAGCUUUGCUCGCAGGCUCAGAACUCGGACAUUUGUCAUUGUCCUGACAAUUGGUGUUUUGAUGGUCAUCAUUGGGGCAGUGGCCAUCCCUCUUGGAUUCAAUGCUCUGAUGGAUACAAUUUUAGAUCAGAUGAUGGUCAUCAGUCCAAAGUCACCCAUCUACCCUGAGUGGAAAGAUCCCACACUGCCUAUUUACACCAAAUUUUACUUCUUGGAUCUUCAGAAUCCACAGGAGGUGCUGGAAGGAGGUCGACCAAGUGUUGUCGAAAUAGGACCUUAUUCCUACAAAAUGUCACUACCAAGAGAAAAUGUCACUUUCAAUGACAAUGGCACAGUGACAAGCACUCAGCCCUACUCAUACGUCUUUGACAGAUCUCAGUCAGUGGGUGAUGAAAAUGACACUUUCACAACAGCCAACAUGCCAUUUUGGUCUACUGUCUACUUUGUGAGAGAUGCUGGAUUACUUAUUAAAGCUGCCCUGUCGCUUUUCCUGGCUUCUCAGAAGGAGGAGCCCUUCAUGCGUCUGUCCGUCCGCCAGCUGAUUUGGGGCUAUGACGAACCACUCUUUAAGUGGUUGCACGAAAACCUGCCAGAUUACCCACUCCCACCGGGAUUUGAGACCCAGUUUGGAUUCCUGCUAGGGAGGAACGAUACACCUUUAGGCCUAUACACAGUGUUCACUGGGGUGGGAAACAAGAUGAAGGUCAACCAAAUCGAUAAAUUCAACGGAAUGAGCCACCUGACGUACUGGAAAUCAGAGUCGGCAAAUAGGAUCACUGGAUCAGAUGGCAUGAUGUAUCACAGGGGCAUUGAGGAGGACGAGGUCCUGAAUCUUUUCCAUCCAGAUCUUUGCAGGUCCAUGCCCUACACAUACGUCAAGGAUGAUAGCCUCAAAGGUGUCCCGCUGAAGAUAUUUGGUGUGGCUCCCUGGGCCUAUCAAAAUAGCACUACCUACCCUCCCAAUCAAGGCUUUAACAUUACCCCCGAUGAAGUGCCACGGGGACUCAUGAGAAUUGAUCCAUGCCGAUACGGAACGCCUAUUGCCUUAUCCAACCCACAUUUCUUUGAUGGUGAUCCCAGUUUAGCAGGCGGGAUAGAUGGUCUAAGUCAAAACCCAGAGAAACACAGAAACUAUUUCUCCAUAGAACCGAUUUUGGGCAUGCCCUUUAAACUUCGCAUGAGAUUGCAGAUCAACCAGUACAUGCAGCAAGUCCAAGGCAUAUCGCAAACAGGAAAGGUGAAGACGAUGUACAUGCCAGGAUUUUGGUUUGAAGAGGAUGUGACAGCUAAUGAUGAGGUCAUAGGUUACUAUGACACAGGCAUCAAGCUUACUGGGAUCAUUGCCUUGUUGAUGCAGUACUUGAGUAUUGCCAUUGGUGCUAGUAUAAUAGUCGCAUUUCUUCUGGUGGGAUUUUGUAAGCUGAUUACAAAAGAAAAGAAAAGCAUUAUAUCAGAACCCAUUGAGACCAACUAUGAUUCCACGCAUGUUUAUGACAACAUUAAUCCGGUACUGACCACCCAAAGAAAUGUUCAGACCCCAUAGCCUGAGGGAGCACAUUCUCUGAAAGAUGGACUGGCUAAGAGAAGAAUGGACCACACGAUCCUUUGGCUUUUGUUUAAUAUGUUUCCCUUGCCUUCUAAUAUGGAAGGACCAUUGUUUUAUAAUGACAACAGGACUUGAGAAGUCAUGAUGUUUAGUCAGUAUAAAUGCUUUAUAAUAUACAGCGAUGUGCAUAAUGAUUUGAACAUGGCAUAUUUUAUUGGUACUUUAGUUCCUUGUAAUGAAAUGGCAAUCAAUACAGCAUGAAAUGUGUUCAUUUUCAACUUUAAUGCUUGAAAACUUGUGCAACAUGAUUUGAACCCUUGAUAUUCAUGAAGAAAUUGAUAUUAAAUCCCUUACAAUGCCUGAUUUACAUUUUCACCUGUAUUAAAUUAAAGAAAGUAAUGGCGAGCAUAGCUACAGUUUGUAAAAGGUAUUCAUUUUUGUACUUUUCGCCCUUCCGUCUGUGUACUAACUCUCACCGUUUGGUUCUAAGCUAUUCCAACUUUGAUUCAUCUGUCCACAGGACUUGAUACCGAUCCUUCUUUGUCAAAUGCUUGCAUUUCUUUGCAAAGUUCAGGUAUUUCACUCUACUGUUCUCCCUCAACAAUGGUUUCUUAGCUGCUAUUCUGUUUACAAGUCCUUUUUUCUAUCAGCCUCCGAUGCACAGUUGAUAAAACUGCAAAACCAUUAGCCAGCAUGCUGUUGAUGAUGUCAUCUUGAAAUUCUCUGGAGCUUUUCUCUUAUCUCCAAAACAUAAUUAUAAGUGAUUCACAUCAGAAUCACUGAAACUUCUCUCCUGAAGUUUCUUCUUGCCUCCUCCACCCGGCGUUUUUUGGUGUGAAUCGGUGAUCUUAAACCCCUGUCCAGAGGGUUUUACAGAGCUUGGGCUGAAUUUAUGUCUCUGGUUAUUGAUCGGUAGCUCCAUCCGACAUCAAAGAGGGCCUUAUUCUUGCCCUAUGCUUAGUUGUAAGUUCCUUCUUUGCCCUUGCCAUGUUUAAGCCGUGUUGAUCUGUGCUCUUGGCUAGUUUUGGUGGCUUUAUGUACUCUUUUCCUUGAAUAGGGGAUUUUCGUAAUGCAUUUAAAAUGUUAUGCCUACUUUCUUGACAAAAGGUUGCCGCCGAUGACCACCAAAGCUUUCUAGUCUCCUGAUGACGGACAGCAUACUGUCCGAACGUUGAGUACUCUCCAUUCUUGUGAGAACCACACUUACUCACAAAAGAGAUAUUUUGUAUGGUGCUACCGCAGACCUAUCACCUUGCACCUUCAUCAUGCAAAACUUCCAAUCUCAACUAAUUGUAUACAAACAGCAUUGCAAUCGAUUUGGAUAAAAGAAAGUUUAAUGAGCAAGAGAUGAACAUAGAUGGUUACUAGGGUUGUCUGGAUAAAACAUCCAUAAAUUUGAAAACAUUGGUUAAUGGUUUAUUUCACUACAAGCAACUCAAUUCAAUCUGAAUGUGCCAAGUGUCCAAAUAAUUUUGCACACAUGUACAAAACAUUUGAUGGGUACAUGUAUAUUGAUUGCCAUUUCAUCACAAAUUAAGUACCUUAUACAUAUGUACCAAGUGUUCAAAUAAUUUUGUCACACUAGUGACACAUUUGUGAAUGUGUGACCUGCUUUUGAAAUUGAGUUUGGUUCAUUAUUUGAUAAAGAAAGAGAUGAGGGAGUUUGCAUUUGGCAUAAAAGACCUCUGUUGGUAUUCUGUUGCACUAUUUCAGUCUUUCGCUUGACCAUUUUCACCAAGUUACGUUUCUCAUUGCAGGAAAAAGCUUUGAAAAUGUCUUUAAAAAGUCUUCCACAAGUUCAGAGGCAAGCCAAUUUCAUACAUCUGGUUUUCUGUGGGGAGCACAUGUUGAAAAAUUUAAAAAUGUAAUAUAUACAUCAUCCAAUAUGACAAAACAACAAAUCGAAAUCCAGAUGAAUCUUUUGCACCAUCCAUUUUAAAUCAGUGGUACAUAUGCAGGUACAUUUAUGUCAAAUUCAAAACGUUUGACACUAGUUGGAUUUUGCAGAGUGGAUCACUGUAUGUUUACAUCAGGGAUACAUUUAAGUGUGUUUACAUCUGGGAUACAUCUUGGAGGUUGCAUCUUCAGGGAUACACGCAGAUCUAGGUUUCGGGGAAGGCCCUGGGACAAAAUCGGCUUUCUGGAUGUUAGGUUUACAUUUGGAUCUUGUGUCUGUAGGUUGAGGUUCUUACUGAUUGCAUCUGUGUGACUACAUCCUGACAGAUGCAGUCAUUGCCAACUGAAGUACAUUUGGCAGUAGGCCUUACUGAAUUCACGAAUUCAUAGAUUGCACAUCAUGAGUACGCAGAGAGUUGUAGUCUUGGUUCAAGACUCAAUUUAGAGUAUUUCCCUCGCAAGUGACCAGACACCUGAUCAGUACAACUAAGCCAUGUUGAUGAUGGAUCAGAGGGUACCAUCAAGGAACUGAAUCACACACAGUGUAGGUAAAUGGGACAUGCUUACCCCAAACAUUGUGAGCAUGCCUCUACCUUGUGAAUUAGCCUAGUGCAUGCCAUUAUGCAGUACUGUACCAGUAUAUCCAGGUGCUCUAACUGUAUUGAAGCAUCAUUGGUAUUUUACACAAGUGGACAUGAAUGGAGAUGCCACUUGCCCUCAUGUUUUCUGUCCUCUCUGACAGUUUUUGGGAAUGUUGCCCACGCUAAGCUAUUCUGUCCUUGAUCUCAAGAGUCAGUUGCAAAUAAUACUUUUUCACUGUCAAAGUAUUAGCACAUUGGCUAAAAUACUGGAGCAAUCAACUGUAAUGAGUUGUUGUAAAAACAGGUCAUGACUACACUUGAGAAUAGCCCAUAAAGCUCAUUGACAAAAAUAUCCCAAAGAGGGGCAUAUCCAAUCUGGAUGGACUCUGAUUACCGGUAAUUGUAUUUCUAGGGUAUACUAUGUGGAGGUAUUAAAUUAAUGGAUCCAGGGAUGGACCAGUGGGGACCUGCCAGGGGAGGGGCUUUUGUGGGGUUAUUCAAAUUCUCUUCCUUAAUUCCUACAGCAUUUAAAAACAAACCUUAAAAUUUAACAUCAUGCCUCAGAAAGGCUGAAAUAGGCUACUGGGAGAGCCUUUUACUAUUGAUGUCAUUUGCGCUUACUGCCACCAUGCAUUGUUACUGUAGGGACCAGCUGUACAUUUCAUGAACAUAACUCAAAUCCAGCAUUGGGCCAAGACUACUAGAGAACUUAAAAAUAGAAUAGCAGAAGGAAAUCAAGGUUUUCAGAAGGGUUCAUGUUUGUCGUCAAAUUUCUAUGAAAUUGUUCAUGGAGUCAUUUAAAACCUUAUUUGAAGGUAAUUAUUAGAUGUGCCAUUUCUUAAGAAGAAUCCUUUCUUCAUAAAGAAAUUUUCCUGUAAAGUUUUUUGUUGAAAAGUGACACAAAAGGAAUAUAAACAUGUCCAUAAUAUUUAGGUUUCUUUUUUUUUACUUUAAACAGUUUGAUUUGUAUCCUUGAAUUUAUUUGUAAUAUGCUGCAGUCAAUGAUUUUGUCAUUGUGUAUUUCAUUGAUUUAUUUGUACUUUGUAACUCAAUGCCUGAAAUAAUUUGAAGAGAGAAAUUGAACCGAGAAAUUAAAAUGUUAGAUACACAGUGUUUGGAAA